GGGGAGGAGCGGACGCAUGGAUCUACGGGGGUGCAAAAAUCCACCUCACACCGGUCACAUGACCUGUCCCAUGACUCCUCCCUUCCUUCUUUCGACUUCCGCAGCCGCUCUCCACACGUGUGUGGCUCAGCAUGGCAGUCUUCGUUUCCUGUGUCACUCUUCAGGUUGUAAUUCGUUAGAUAUUAGGAGGCUGAAACAAUGGCUGGAAUUUACUCCGGCAUCCACUUGAAGCUUAAAAACUCAAAAAUUCCUUGGGAACAUAAGCUGAAACUAGCUAAUUUUGCUUGGAUUUCCCAUCAGUGUUUCAUUCCAAACAAGGAGCAGUUCUUACUUGACUGGGUGAGCCAAACUUUGGUUGGAUUUCAUACAAAGAAGCAAAAUCUAGAAGAGGAUGUUGAGCAGAAGUUCUGGAUCUUUUUGGACAACAUUUUACACAGCAAAAGGUUACAAAGUCUUACAAAAGAGGGCAAAUCUCUUAAGCUUCGCUUUGCUGUAGCUCAGGUAAUAAAUGAUGUUUUUGCAAUAACAUCUACACAGUCAACUCCAUCAGCUGGUAUUGGAACAGUAUUAAGUUGUUGUCAAGGUAUUCUCUCUACUCCAUGUUUUGGAACUGUCUACAGAGCAAAGAGUGAACUGAUAGUAGAACUUUUAAGUAGGCUGUGUUCACUGGCUUGUCAUUGCUUGACUUCAAAGCAUGCCAUCACACACCAAGUUUUAAAUGUACUUAAUAUAUCAUUUAAACAGUAUAUACUUCUCCAGAGACAGCAGAACAACACCAACAGACUUUUCACACAAGUGCUCACAAAUCUAUUUGAGCCAUGUUUGCAUUUGUGGAAUACCUUCAACAUCCAAGUCCUUGAUAAGGACAGUAACACUGGAAUCUGCCAACUUAUCAAAGAUAUUGGGAGUAACAUAGAAGUUGUUCUUAAUACUGGCCUUUUCCAAGCUGAACUUCUAACUUUUUACAAAGAAGAGCUGCUUCCUCAACUGGAUAAAAAUGAGAUGAAAAAGGGAUCAUUUAAAGAUUGUUUGACUCCUGUUUUCUCUAUCUUGGCAAAGCUGGAGAAAGUUGAAUUGAGUGAGAAAGAAACCCAACUUUCUUUCUUGGCUAAUUCUAUUCCCCUUUUGUAUAAACUCUUUUUAGGCUCUUACAGCAAAGAUGGAAAUGAAAAACUUUGCUUUCAAAUGCUUGUCAAAUUUGUUAGAUGUCUUUGUGCACCUUUCACAGUGAAGCAAGAUUACAGAGCAGUCUCUUUUCCAGUAUGGUUAGUUGGUUUAAAUGCACUAGAAAGCCUGCUAAACCUUGUUUUUAAUUAUAAUUUAUAUAAUAUUGCAGAAGAUAACAUAAGAGGUAUGGGUGUUCAGUACAGGUUCUACCGAAGUUUAACAGAAAUACUGGUGUGCAAUCCUUGCACUUCCUCAUUACCUUGGUUCAGGUGCUUGAAAACUUUAAACUUAUUAAAUCAUCUUAUUGUAGAACCAGACCUUGCUGAUAUAUUAUGUGCAUGCUUUGAUGCACAUAUUUCUGAUAUGCGUAUCAGGAAAGCACAGGAAAUGUUAGUUGUCUGCCUUCUGCAGACAUAUAUAAAACUUCGGCAAUUUCCAAAGCUGUUUGAAAAAAUCCUUAUGGUCAUAUGUCAGCCAGAAACAUCCAAAAUAAAACAUCAAAUUCUUUUGUCAGGAUUGACCGAAAAGCUUGCAGAAUUUAUUGUUCAACUUCCAGCUAAUCAAAUGUUAGAUAUGUGGUCUAUGGUUUUGGAACACUGCAAAGUUUCUCAUCUUGAAGAUAACCCAAGUCUUGGCUUUAAACUGGAUAACCUCGGUUUGCUUUUGCAGUGUUUAAUGAUGAACAUGAAGAGCUUAGACUGUAAUACUCCAGUACCAGUAACCCACCGAUAUCAGCAGCUCAUGAAGCAAAUUGUUGAAGAGCUGAUAUUGCCUUCCCUAAACAUAUUGAAAAAACAUAAUGCUAAGGCAGAUGAUGAAUCCUGGCUACAAAAGCUCUGUGACUUCGUCCUUAUGCUGCUUUAUACAUGGAUAGAAGUAAAUACUGUGACUGCAUUGAACUGUGACAAAUAUAGCUCUCAAAUGUGUGAACUAGCUCUUCCACUGGAAUCACCUUUGGAAUAUUGGGACUUGUCUAUAUUUUUUGAAGACAAAGAAUGUUGGUAUAAAGUUAGCAGUCUUUGUAGGCCACCAAAUCUAAUCAGCAUGUUCUACCUUGGGCUUCUUUCCAUUCAGAAAAUAAAGCUUAUCCUUAUGCACAUUCAUAUGCAUACUGAAUAUGGAAGACUCACUCUUCAAGCAUCUGCAUCUUUUUUUGUUAACUCAAGCAUCAUCCUUUUGAACCACAAAGAUCAAAAACCUUACAGUGGCAAUGUAAAUAUAUUUAAUAAAAAUUGCCUUCCUGUUGCUCAGUGGCACUUCCUAGCUUCAAAUGUUAUGAUUCUUCUUCCAUAUAUAUCUCUUGAAGAUUUGAACAAUAUUACUGACUUUUUGUUGGAAACACUGUUGCCUGCCAGUGACCAAAACAUGCAAGCCAACACAGAUAUCACACUAUACUUUAAUAAAGUUUCUAGAAGUUUACUUCAAAGUGAUUCUUUUUCAGAAAUGUGUAUUUUGCAAUGCUUUUUUAUAACCAGAGUCAUCAAAAAGUGUUCCAUGCUGGUAGAAGAGCAAACUGUGUUGCGUGAAAUUUUGGAUCUUCUUUCUUUGAAAGACUCAGAUUGGCAUGAGUGUGUUAUUUCUCUAUAUAACAAAGGAGGCAAAAUUGUAAACUCACGAAUUAUUGACAUUUGUGAUGAUUCAGUGUUUGUGAAGAGUAUGAAGACUGCUCUACAACUUGUUUCAACUUUACCAAAGACAAUUGAACUUGUCAGGUCUACUGAUGCGAACUUGGUAAUGAAUUUGAUAGAAUUGAUUAUUGAGUUAAAACCUGACAGCCUGCCACCAUCAGACCUAUGUCGAUGUUUUCUCUUAUUAUUAUCUUUAGCUAAUGCAAGUUUUUUAAGUAGCCUACAUGUUGCAAGAGUUUGCUACAAAGGUUUAACAUGUCUGCUUACUAGUACUCAUGCAAAUUUUUUAUUUAAAAUUGCAUAUGCUAGUGAUGUCCUAAAAAUUGUUAUGUCACGCAUCCAGUCAGCUAACUGGAAUGUUUCUGAUGACAAUGAACAGUACUGGCCCAAAUUACUGGACAUAAUGAAUUUGUUUUUUGAUGCUUUCCUUUGUUUGGUGAUAAGACGAAAACAGAGUGUUCUGGUUAAUUUAGAAAAGUGUACAACCUUUGCUCUUAAUUCUAUUCCCAACACAGAAAAAACGUUUUGGAGUACUUGUAUAGGUCAGUUGCAUAUUGUAAUACUGAAGAAUCUAUGUCAUCAUUUAACGUUUACUAUCCAAGAAAAAAAUGCAAAUGAGGAACAAAAUGAAAGUUUAAGGUGUCUUUUAAAACAAACUACUGUGCGACUAAUGACUAUUAUUCAGAAAUGUUUAGAGAUCACCGUCUCUAGUCCAUUUUUACCCUCCUUACUAGUGACUUCAACAACUACUCUUCUUGAAGCUGAACUUAGUUCUGAAGGGAGCCUUCAUAAUGCUGAACUGUACAGAGGGAUUUGCUUGCAGAUUCUAAAGGAGCUUUGUUAUGCAAAGAAACAAAAGGGGUUUUUGAAAUCUGCAUUACGUUUUUUGACUGUGUGUAUUGCAUUGAAAGAAGUUCAUCCUGAACAGCUGGGGUUGUCCACCUCUGUGUUUACGAUCAUGGGAAAUCUCCUCGCUAGUCCCUGGUUUAAUAGUGAGACACUUCAGGAUGCUGAAUUAGAGCUGCAACAGUUGUUAAAAGCAGUGACUGAAAAUUGUACCUGUGAAGAGUUUCAUGCAAUAUUGAAAUGUAUUUUUUACAAACUUGAAGUAAGCAACUUGUGGAAAAAGAAUUACAAGGUCCUAUUUGCUGGAAUAACAUUGAUAAGACUUCUCCUUAACUGUUCCUUAAAAGAAGACAAAAGCUCAUUAUUCUGGUCUACAGCAUCUCAGAUUAUAACUGCUCUAGUGACCCUCAGCGUGGAUGCAUGUAAGGAACGUUUGCUGCUUUCCACUGUUAUUGUCCCUGUACUUGACAUCAUGGCUUUGAUUCUAAGAAGAGGAGAGCUGUUUUUAAGCAAUCCUCAUCAUAUAACUCUUUCGUUGAGCACACUUUUGAUGGUGCCGCUUGAAAAUGUGAAAGCUGAAGAUUACUAUAGCGUAUUCCUAUCCAUACACGAAGUUCUCUUUUCUGUAUUACAAUGUCAUUCAAAGGUAAUGUUAAAAUCGGUUCCUACAUUCUUGAGUUGCUUUCAUAGAUUGGUUGCAUCUGUCAUGCAUGAAGGACAGCAAAAAGGAGACAAAGGUGCCACUUGUAUUCAAAAAUGUGCCAAGCUUGUUGAAAGAAUGUAUACUUACAUUGCUGCGAAGACUGAGGAAUUCACAGUGUUUUCUACUUUCCUUGUUUCACAGUAUAUACAUGAGCUACAAAAGGUGACUCUGAAGCCUGAAAUAAAAAAGUAUUUAACAGAAGGAAUCUUCCACAUCUUAGAGCUAUGUAUUGAUCGAGAUAUUAAGUUCUUAAAUACAUCUUUACAGAUUGGAGCAAGAGAGGUGUUUAAAGAAUUGUAUCAUGAGUAUUCUUCCAGCUAUAAAACGAGGAAUCAAGAAGAAGAAAAAUAUACAGUGUAAUCAUGUUUUGGUGGUUAGCAAUGGUUAUUUGCAACACUGGGGUCCUAGAAUCAUAUCCAGUUAUUGGCAACAUCUUCAUAUAUUGUAGGUUUCCCAAUCUUACUGUUGGCAUAUUGCAGUUACCCAGUUCCCUCACAAUCUUUAAAACAUACUCCUAGACUAAUUGGCCAUAUCAUCCAGGAUGAUUAGACUGGAACAGCACUGCAAAAUAUGUUGGUGCUAUACAAUUGACUUGAAAUGAAUAAACAAAAGAAUAUUUCAUUUUGUUAGAGAAGAUAUCUCAUGCCAGGGGAUGCCUUGUUGCCAUGUUGAGAAAGGUAUUUUGAUAUAUAUUUUGACAAAAGAUGAAUGUUUGUUUUUAUGUUUUUUACAAAUGUGUUUUCUUCCACACACUUUUUUUUAUAUAUAUAUAUAUAUAUAUGUGUGUGU